AAUGUUUUUCCUUCUAAUUUUAUUGUUUUCCUUCGCCCCAUUUUGUUUUCCAAACAAAUUUUCUUCCAAACAAGAAUGUAUUGUUAAUUAUCUUUUAUUUGAAAUUAAUAUUCAAACAGAAAUUUUUGCUUCAAAAAAAUUUUGUAGAAAUUGUUGGAAAGUUCAAAGAAAAAUUCAAAAAGAAUUUGUUAAAAAUUUAAAAAUUGAAAAGAAAGAUUUGGAAGAAUAUAAGGGAAUUAAUUAUGCAAAUGAUUGUUUUAAAAAGAAUAAAAGUUUAGUUAAAGGGGGUAAUUUGCUGGUUGAUAAAAUGUUUGGAAAAGUAAAUUAUAUGAGUUUAUCCGACGAUUAUCAAAAGAAAUUAGGUAAAUAAUUAAAUUUUGGAGUAAAUUUGGGUCAUUUUGAGUGUGAAACUUUCAGUAGGAGUUCAGCAAGUUUCCUUAAAUCUUGCUAUACCUUCGCUUAGCCCUUUGGAGCCGCAAUUCUGAUUGUACCGUAUCCAUACUAAAUUACCGAAAAAUACCCAAGGAUAACCAAAAUACUCAUAAAUACCAAUAAAUUU